AUGGAUUCCAAAGGCAACGUCCGUAGUGGAAACAAACCUGACGCCAAGGCCCCCAGCUCUGGAAAGGCAGAAAAGCCCAACCCUGGGCCCACCACGAAUGCAGACAAGAAGGAGAUCCCCAAAGAGCAGCCAGCUCCUGCCACUGCCACCUCUGCCACCAAGAAGGCGGGAGGGGACGCUGCCGUCGCCAACAACCACAGCAACCUGAAGCCCAGCCCUGCCGCCGCCGAGACGCAAGAGGCCCCCAGCCAGUGCCCUGACUCUGACCACAAGGGAAACAGCUCGGAGGAGGCAGCAGGCAGCACCUUCGACAACAUGAAGCCCUUGAUCAUCCUGGGAGGAGUGGCGGUGGCCGCGCUGGCGGUGAUCGUGGGAGUGGCCUUCCUAGCCCGGAAAAAAUGA